AUGACUUCGGCCUCGCACCUGCCUCGCCAUGCCAAACUGCACAAGCGCUCCGACUCGACCUCGUCGGCCGCUCCGACCGUCUUCACCAUGCCCAGCCCUAUCCAGAACGAGUUCACUCUAGCCAACUCGGCCACCACCACCAGCACCCAACAUGCCCGGCACUCUUCCGCCAACAAGAUCAAGCCCUACCUCCGCAAGAUGUCGCUACGUGACGACGAUCUGGACCAGGGCCGCCUUGACCUGUCGCGUCCGUCUGCCGAGAACGACUCUCUGACCGGCCUUGGUAUCUGCGAGGACGCUCCCUCGUUCUCGAGGUCUGUCUCGGACGUGUCGUUCAUCCCCUCGACACGCCGAAAGGCCUCACACUCGCGUGCCACCAGUGGCCCUGCAUCUCUGGCUGUUGCUGCUUCUGGUCCGCUGCGCCCGACCCAGCCGUUUGCCCCGCUACGGGAGGCCCCUCGCUCAUUCACCCCGCCUGCAACUGUCUCGCAGGGUGACACGUCCGACGACGAGGCAGAGGAAAGUGUUGGUGUGCUCACCAACGACAUCCGUCAGCCUGAUUACGAACCCUGGAAGCCCCGUAGAUCUGUUUCCAUCUCUUCAAACCCCGCAAUCAUCCCCCUCUCUCAGACAUACACGGCUGGCUCCCUCACAAAGCUGACCAGUGCAUCCCAAUCCAACCUCUCCAUCCGCUCACAACCCUCGUACGACCACCUCAAAUCCGGUCGCACCCAUAGAAAUACUGGUAGAACCAGUGAUUACCCCACAAGCCCUUCUGCUCGUACCUCCAUCGACAAGGCCUUCAGCUUCAUCACACGCACCUCUGAACCAGAGGAUGCUGCCUCCCGAGCGGCUGCCAUCCGCGCCGCUCGCAGAGCCUUUGAAGAGAAGGAAGCCGCAAAGGAUAGGAAGUACGAGAAAGAAGAGGUCAAGCGCAGAGCAUCGGUAAUCAAAAAGGAAGAGCGAAAAUGGCGCAAGUCAGACCCGCGUGCAAGCAUGACCAGCAAUGGCAGCAACAGUAUCGUCGUCGACGAAGAGAAAGCCGUUGCUGGCACGGAUUAUGCGACGCAGACUCCUGCUCAUGAUCUCAGUCUUCCAAUCCAGGGAGACCACAGCGGUGCUGCUCCCACAGUGCCUCUUUCACCGCCACCACCGAGCAAGACCAAGCAGGCAAAAGGCGGAUGGAAUCAUUUCCUUGCUUGGACUCGGACCAGACUUCUCAACUGUGGAGGGAAAGCAUCACUCGAUGCGUGA